AUUCGCCAACAUUUUGACAUUUGACAGCAGAAGCAAUUCGCACCUGUUUGUCAAAAUUCGCAAAAUCGCUGUUUUCGCCGUUUCAACGCACGUUCGGGGGUGAAUUUGUGAGUUAUACGCACCGUCCACCCUUAAAAUGCGGGGUGGGGCGUGAGUCUGAGCCAGCCAAGUGAUUUUCGGUGAAUGUAGGUUAGUGUUCAGUUCGACGCGAAUGGUUGAACUCGGUGCCCCCAUUUCUAGUGCAAUCGUACGUUGCUGUGAUAUUUAGGCUUAGUCGAGAUGGAGGAGUUUAAAAAUGAGGUUGUCAGGAGCAUUCGGUCGUGCUUGAUUUCAACGAAGGGGAAAAUCACGCUGAGGCAGCUGGAAGAUGACUACCGCACGCUCCUCGGCGAACGCAUCCCCUACCACAAGCUCGGCCACAAAUCGCUCGAGCUCUUCAUCCAAUCAGUGCCCUCGCUGAUAACGUCACGUGGCCCGAACGGCGAGAUGUUCGUGGACGCCCAGGUGUCGGAAAAGACUGCCCACAUCUCGUCGAUGGUGCAGAAACAAAAAACCGCCGCCCCCAAGAAGAAAGUGCGGAUUACGCAGGCCCCCAGGUUCAACAGGGCGGUGACGCAGCCGCCCCCGAACACCACCAAGUGGCGGCCGAAGCGGAAUCCGUACGUGGGGGCGCCGCGUAAGACGUACCAGCAGUCGUCGCGGCUGUCGGCGGUGUCCCACAACCAGUUCGUCAGCGGGGGCGGCUACGCGCGGCCGCGGGUGCCCUCGAAGGUGGUGGUGCCCGAGAGGAGCGAGUUUAAUACGGUUAAGCAUCACUCGCCUCCAAAAGAACUGACCAGACACAACUCAUCUCCUGAUAAAAUGGUCAGCGACACCAAUGGGUCCACUACCAUCGACGACGAAUGCUCACCUUUAUCUAGUACCAUGAGACGGAUAUCGAAGAUCAUGUCUGGAAUCAGCAUGGAGAGGGACAGCGGGAACAGCAGCCCUACGACAGAGUUUGCUUCGAAUUAUAAGAUUGUACAGGAAUUCGCAAAGACGGGCGAUCCGAUUCAAGAUAUCAGGAAUUUCGCCGCAUACCAUAAACUGGGAGACGUCGAGGUCAAAUUCACCGAAACGAGAUUGAAGAAGUCGAAAGUCGCACAUUGUCACUGCAAGAUCACGGUCGGCCAGCACAAGUACUCCAGCUACCCGGAGGACUUCUACGACAAGGCGGCUUCCGAACGCCACGCCUGCCAGAAGGCCCUCGACGACCUCAUGACCAAGUACAGCAAGCGAAAAUCCCUCCUCCUCUCCAGCAACGACGACAUCAUCGAGCGCAUCCCGCCCAUGCUCGAGAAGCACAACAACGCCGUGUGGAUGUGGCAGAUCGAGGCCGACUACAUCGACAUGUACAACGAGCAGCUCCCGGCCGACUGGCUCCAAGUGAUCGACAACAACCCGCACGUCUCCAUCGAGAAGUGCCUAGGAGGCUACGUCCUGAAGCACUGCAACCCGGACGACGUUUUACAGAAAGGUAAGAAGUUGGAGAUCAGUCUGAACGUCGGGGACGUGUCUGUACCGUGUAACACGGUCAACUUCGGGGAGAACAACCGUCUGUACGCGUUGAUCACGGCGGCGCAUUCGUGCUACGAGGUGUGGUGCCAACAGUGCGGCACGCCGGAAUAUGAGCGCUUUUUGCGUUUGACCGAGAAGAUGGAAGUGUUCUACAACAACCACCAGGGGGAGCUGGUGUCGCCUGUCAUCACCUUAGGGAGUUGUUACGUCAUUCAGCAGGACGGCGGCUGGAUUAGAGCGAGGGCUUUGAGCUUGCCCCACGACGGUUUCGUGGAUUGUUUUCUUAUUGAUUAUGGAGAAGAGAUUCAUAUCCCGAUCGAGACUAUGUACGUUAUGAAGAGAGAAUUUGCUUUGGAGCAAGCGCAAGCGUUUGUUUGCCGGCUGGCCGGCCUGGAAGAGGUGGGGGAAGCGAGUGCGGACUCCGAACAUCUGACAGCGCUUGUAGGGAGGGAGUUCGUCGUGGAGAUCAUUCCAGAAGAAUCAUCUAGCGACGAGAUCGCCAUCCCCGUCGUCGUGUACGACAUCACCACCGGCGCCUCGAUCAACGAAGAACUCAUCUCCCUCCUCACGGUCGAAUCGGCCGUUCCGGUCCUGGACAAAAGCGGCGUCACCGACGUCUACGUUUCAAACAUAGAGUCGAACGGCGACGUCUACGUGCAGGUCCGUAAUUUCGGCUAUACGUGCCUAAUGGAUCUGCUCAAAUCCAUCAGCGACUCCAUCAUCAAGAACCCCCCUCUCGAUCUCCUCAUCCCGCGCCCCACCCCCGGAACCAGUCGCGACCGACUCUACUUAGUCAAGUGCAACGUCACGCAAAGGUGGCUGCGAGCCACCAUCAUCGACUGGUCCCCCAAGGGCGACCUCGCCCAGAUCUACUUCCUCGAUAUCGGCAACACUCAAGUGGUCAGCGUCGCCAACGACAGAAUGUACCCCCUGGACAAACUGAGCGAAGUACUGUGUCAGUACCCACCACAAGCCGUCAAGGUCAGGUUCAUGAUCGAGAAAAUCCCAAGCGAUUUCGUACAAAGGGCGGAGAAAUUGCUACCUAGCGACGAACGGGUGCUGCUGAAGAUCAGUAGUUACGACAACGAGAACGUGGCAUGGGUGGAGUUCUUCAAACGAAUGAGUGACGGCGUGCUGGUGUUCAUUAAUAAGUCGAUUUCGGUGGAGGCGGAGCUACAAAGUUUCAGUUCGGAUGUUUGCGGCAGCAACGAAACGAGGAAGAGGUUGAUGAAUUUGGUGCAGUUUGGCGACGCUACGAAAACUGUCCCGUCUGGAGGGUCUCUGAAGAAGCCAGAUCUACCCAAGAUGGGGGAUUAUUUCAACGUGAAUAUCCCGUUUGCGGUGAAUCCGUGGAACUUUUUUGUGCAACCUUUGGAUUCUUUCAAUGAACUCACGGCAUUGAUGGCCGAUAUGCAAGAAUACUACAAGGAUCUCCAGUUUAGUCCAGUUCCAAUUGAAGAUAUAGUACCUGGUAAAAUAUAUGCUUCUAAGCACGAGGACGGCAAGUGGUACAGGACCAGUGUACUCAAAGUGAUCCAUUCCGGUUCCAUUAGCGUCUUCUACUGUGAUUUUGGUUACUACACCAAUUUGACUUUAGCUCAACUCGUUCCUUUAGAUGCUAAAUACAUGAGUUUUCCAUACCAGGCACUGAAAGCGAAGAUAGCUGGGAUUAAACCAAUUAAGAAUAAGUGGACCAUGGAAGACUGCGAUAUUUUCAAUAGUUUAGUGACAAAAAAACAGUUUGUUUCUAUUUUAGUUAAUAUUGAAAAGGACGAACUCUACAAAAGCGAUAUCGUCCUGCUGCUGUUGUUGAUCGACACUUCGAGCGAGGAAGAUAUCAAUAUUAAAGAAGUUCUUAUUGCAAGAGGCAUAGCUACCAGCGUAUAAAUUUGUUUUUUUCGUUAUUAGUUAUUUAUUUAGCGUUAGGCUUCAUGUAAGAAUUAUUUUUCUAUCUAUGUUAAGUUUUUGAGAAAAGUCAAAAUUCGUAUAUUACUGUAGUUGCCAUAGUCGUAAAAUUUAUAAGAAGUUUUUAUUGUUUGGAAUACUGUUCACCAAAGAAUUUCUUGUUGGUUUUUAUAAUGUAUUGUUAAGGACUGAAGACAUUGAGUGAGCUGCUAUCCAUUAUUUCGUAAUAAAUUAUUAUUUUGUAAA